GUACGCGAGUUAUAUUUUUAUCAAAAUGCUCCAUUCGCUGGAGUAUGCAUAUCCUUCCACAGUAUCGUUACGCAUCUGUUUGGAAGGACAUGCCAAUGCACUGGCCCUGAACAAGGAACACAACCAAAUUGCUGUUGCCGGGCGCAGCUUGCUCAAGGUAUAUUCAAUCGAUAGCGAUGGUUUCACCGAAGUCUGCAAUAUGCGUGUUGGCAAAAACCAAAAUCUCAGCUACUCCUCCAAUGAUGUCGCAUGGAGCACACUGGAUAGCAAUAUAUUGGCGACUGCCGCAACGAAUGGAGUCGUUUCCGUCUGGGAUCUGUCUAAAUUUGGACGACAUAAGCAACUGUUGGUAUACAACGAGCACGAACGCACCGCGCACACAGUCACCUUUCACAGCACUGAGCCGAAUAUUCUGAUAUCCGGCUCCCAGGAUGGCACCAUCAAGUGCUUUGACAUCCGUUCCGAUACGUCGGUCAAUACGUAUUUCAGUAACUCAGAAUCGGUGCGAGAUGUCAAGUUUUCACCGCACUCGCAAAAUGUGUUUUCGGCUGUGUCGGAGAAUGGGACAGUUCAGCUGUGGGACAUGCGCAAGUGGGAUAAAUGCAUGGUGCAAUUUACGGCGCACAGUGGACCCAUCUACACCUGCGAUUGGCAUCCCACACGUAAUUGGCUCGCUACUGGGAGUCGUGAUAAACAGAUCAAGGUGUGGAAUAUGGAUGGACGCGCCAGCCUCGAGUACACCAUACACACCAUCGCUGUUGUGGGUCGCGUUAAAUGGCGGCCCGAACGCACUUUCCACAUAGCUAGCUGUGCUUUGGUGGUGGAUUACAGCAUUCAUGUUUGGGAUAUACGUCGUCCUUAUAUACCCUUUGCCUCGUUUAAUGAGCACACCAAUGUGACAACGGAUAUUGCAUGGCAGGGCAGCGAUUCGCAUUGUUUGCUCUCCACAAGCAAAGAUUCCAGCCUUUACAAGCAUGCGUUUGAGGAUGCCACACGACCGGCACUGAGUGCCAAUGCACAGGGUGCCAGUUUUGGGCGACACGGCGAUAUAUCGUUCGCUAACAAGAUCAAGGAAUAUACAAACAAAUCGAGCGGCGUCUCCAAUACCAAAACCACAAACUUUAUAAGUCGCCGCAAGAGCAAUGUGCCGGGCAACAUGCAGUUCCAUCUGGACCAUUCCAAGAUGUACAUGUUUAUGCUUAAAAAUUCGAACAUGGCCUCGGGCUCAGAUUAUCCGGCACAUGAUGUCACCACCGAACUGCGGGUGCAUGACUGCUUCAUUGGUUGCGCCAAGGAGCUGCUGCUGAGUGGCAAGAAGCUGGCCGAGCUGUGCGAACACAACGCCGACAUCUCCCGCAAAUAUGGAAAACAUAAUGCCACCACAUUGUGGAACUUCAUCAAGCUGUUCUAUGGCACCAGUCACUUUGAGCCACCGUUCGAGCAUCGCUCAUCCUUCUCCAAUCAAAAGAAUCCGAUGAGCUCACGUCGAGCCACACAAGUGGCCAGCGAUUGGGCGCCCCAUGAGCAGGGCCAGGAACUGAAUGGCAACAGUCAGGAGACACAACAUGAGGCGGCCGAUGCCAGUGAGGAUGGCGAUGAGCUGGGCGGCGGUGGUAAACAGCAUCCGCCUCCAACCAGCUCAGUCAUUCUCUCCGAAACGCAAAUAAUUAGCGAGAUUACGUUUGAUAACUUUGAGCUAUUGCGCAACGGAUUCAUUUACGUUGGCCCUGCGGAUGUGACAAAAGCACUCGCAUUCCCGGACACCGCACUGCAUCAUGAUGUGCAAGCAGCGCGUCCACAGCUGGACCUAAAGGCUUCCGAUCACGAAAAGUCGCCGCCACCACAUGUGCCGAGCAUAUUAAAGGUCAGCCAUGUGCCACCGAUACCCAUGUGGGAGCCACAUCAGUUUGUCGCGGAUGCUUUAAUGCUGCAGAACGAUGUGGGCGAUGUGCAAACGGCAUUAAUUAUUCUAAUUGUGUUGGGUGAGGCACGCAAGCUGCUGCCCAUUGAGGAUGCCGUCGUGGAGCACUGGUUUCACACCUAUGUCGAUCAGCUGCAUCGCUACGAGCUCUGGAACGAGGCCUGCGAGGUGAUCAAUCGUGCCUGGGUGCGUUCCGUGCGCCAGUUGAAUCAACAAUCCACCGUCAUGCAUACCAAUUGCGGCGAGUGCGGACGACCGCUGGGCGGAAAUGUUGGCUGGUAUUGUGACAAAUGCAAAUCGAUGCAGUCGGCCAAGUGUUGUGUCUGCGGUCUGAUUGUGCGUGGCGUGUAUGCCUGGUGUCAGGGCUGCUCUCAUGGUGGGCACAUUGAGCAUCUGCAGCAAUACUUUGCCAAGCACUCGAAAUGCCCCAAGUGUGGACAUCUCUGCGCAUUUUCGUGACAACCGGAGGAGCCUUAAGUGGGAAGCAAAUGUGAUGCCAAAAUAAUAAUGCGAUUUCUAGCAAAUUCAAUUCCAUGAAAAGCAUUAAAAUAAAACCUGUUUAGCCUUA